AUGUCUGGUUCUGAAGGCACACCAGGCCUGCCAGAUGUCCUGCGUGGCUCCUCUGAGUCUGGCUGCAACAUCAGUAAGACGCUAACCAGCAUACGAUGCCUCUGCUGCCAGUGCGGCGUGGCCAUCCCGCCCAACCCGGCCAACAUGUGCGUGGGCUGCCUGCGGGCCCAGGUGGACAUCACCGAGGGCAUCCCCAAGCAGGGAACCCUCCACUUCUGCAAGCAGUGCGAAAGGUAUCUUCAGCCUCCAGGAACCUGGAUUCAGUGUUCCUUAGAAUCAAGAGAGCUUCUCGCUUUGUGUCUUAAAAAAAUCAAAGCUUCGCUGAGCAAGGUCCGGCUGAUUGAUGCAGGCUUUAUUUGGACUGAACCGCAUUCGAAGAGGCUGAAGCUGAAACUGACUGUUCAGAAAGAGGUGAUAAAUGGAGCAGUUCUUCAGCAAGUAUUUGUGGUGGAAUACAUAGUUCAGUCUCAAAUGUGUGAAGACUGUCACAGGAUCGAAGCUAAGGAUUUCUGGAAAGCUGUAGUGCAAGUCAGACAAAAGACUCUGCACAAGAAGACUUUCUACUAUUUGGAGCAGCUGAUUUUAAAACACAGGCUUCAUCAAAAUACACUUCGCAUCAAAGAAAUCCACGAUGGCCUGGAUUUUUAUUAUUCUUCAAAGCAACAGGCCCAGAAGAUGGUUGACUUUCUUCAGUGUACGGUUCCAUCUAGAUCAAAAUCAUCUCAACGUUUGAUCUCACAUGAUAUUCAUAGUAAUGUCUACAAUUACAAAAGCACUUUCUCUGUGGAAAUUGUUCCAAUAUGCAAGGACAAUGUCGUGUGUCUGUCACCAAAACUGGCGCAGAGUCUUGGUAACAUGAGUCAGAUCUGUGUGUGCAUUCGAGUAACAAGUACCAUCCACCUCAUUGAUCCUACCACUCUGCAGAUUGCUGAAAUUGAUGGAAAUACCUAUUGGCGCCACCCUUUCAAUAGCCUGUUCCACCCCAAGCAACUAGAAGAAUUUAUCAUUAUGGAUAUCAAUAGGGUUCAAGAAAAGAAAAAAGGUGCAGGUGCCGGGGCAAGAUCAAACAAGCACACGCUGGCUGAAGCCUGGGUACAGAAGACCUCGGAGCUGAAUACAGAUCAUCAGUAUUUCUGCUGUACUCACUUGGGGCACAUUCUGAAUCCUGGCGACCUUGUCUUGGGAUUCGACUUGGCGAACUGCAACUUAAAUGACGAGUUUGCCAAUAAGAUGAACCCACACAAUAUUCCUGAUGUGGUAUUAAUAAAGAAGAGCUAUGACCGUACCAAACGCCAGCACCGCAGGAACUGGAAGCUGAAGGAGCUAGACAGGGACAGAGAAGGCACGGACACAGAUGAUGAAAGACAAUACCAGGACUUCCUUGAAGAUCUGGAAGAAGAUGAAGCCAUAAGGAAGAAUGUCAACAUUUACAGAAAUGCAGAUGUUCCAGUGGAGAGCGACACAGAUGAUGACGGUCCUCCACGAAUCAGUCUGGCUGAAAUGCUGGAGGAUCUCCAUAUUUCCCAGGAUGCCACUGGUGGGGAGGGAGCAAAUAUGAUGACAGAAUAA